GCCCGGGAGGAUGCGGCGCCCGCGGCAGCCUGGGGGUUCCGGGGGAUCGGGGGGUCUCCGGGUGCUCCUCUGCCUCCUGCUGCUGAGCGGCCGCCCGGGAGGUUGCAGCGCUAUUAGUGCCCACGGCUGUCUGUUUGACCGCAGGCUCUGCUCUCACCUUGAAGUCUGUAUUCAGGAUGGCUUAUUUGGACAGUGCCAGGUGGGCGUGGGGCAGGCUCGGCCCCUUUUGCAAGUCACCUCCCCAGUUCUCCAACGCUUGCAGGGUGUGCUCCGACAGCUCAUGUCCCAAGGAUUGUCCUGGCACGAUGACCUCACCCAGUAUGUGAUCUCCCAGGAGAUGGAACGCAUCCCCAGGCUUCGCCCCCCAGAGCCCCACCCAAGGGACAGAUCUGGCUUGGUGCCCAGGAGACCUGGUCCCGCUGGGGAGCUGCUUUUACAGGGCAUCCCCACUGGCCCCGCCCCUGCUGCCUCACACCGACUGCCUCGGCCUCCAGUGGGUGGGGACAGGGCUGGGGCUGGCUCCCCGCUGUCCCCUCUGCAGACUGAGCUGCUGCCCCCUCUCUUGGAGCAUCUGCUACUGCCCCCGCAGCCCCCUCACUCUGCCCUGAGUUAUGAGCCUACUCUGCUGCAGCCGUACCUGUUCCACCAGUUUGGCUCCCGCAAUGGUGCCCGGGGCUCAGAGAGCUCCCCAGGGAUGGUCAGUGCUGGCCCCCUGCCCAAGGCUGAACCCCCUGCCCUCCUCAGCAGAACCGCCCCCAAGGGCAUGUUCAAGGCUCACUCUGGCCACUCCUAUGGGGAGCCCCCAGGGCCCUCACCUGCCCAAGUUUUCCAGGAGUCAGGUCUGCUCUACCUGGCCGAGGAGCUGCCAGUGCCCAGCAGGGCCAGGGCACCAAGCUUGCCAGAGCAAGGGGACAGCAGCCAGGCAGAAGACUCCUCAGAGGGCUAUGAGGAGGAGGGACCAGAGGGUCAGGGGCAGAAGCUUCCUUCCCCAGCAGAAAAGCCAGCAGACGCGACUCUGCAGAGGCUGGCAGCUGUGCUGGCGGGCUACGGGGUGGAGCUGCAUCAGCUGACCCCUGAGCAGCUCUCCGCUCUCUCGACCCUGCUGCAGCGGCUGCCGAAGGAUGCAGGGCGAAGUCUGGGAGGGGCUGUAAACAUUGGAGCUGACAUCAAGAAAACAAUGGAGGAGCAGGUGCAGGGUGGGGACACAACGGAGCCUCCGUCCCCUACAUCCUCCCUGUCUGGAUACCCCACAGCCCAUCCCACCUCCAAUAAAGCCCAGCAGGUGCUGAGCUCUGGAUCCUCGGAGCCUCCCAGAGCUGCUGGUUCCCCCAUCAUGCCUGUCCUGAUGGAGAAGAAAAGUCUUCUGGGCCAGAGCCAGCCCACAGUGGCAGGGCAGCCUUCAGCUCGGCCAUCAGCAGAGGAGUAUGGCUACAUUGUCACUGACCAGAAGCCCCUGAGUCUGGCUGCGGGAGUGAAGCUGCUGGAGAUCCUGGCUGAGCACGCGCAUAUAUCCUCGGGCAGCUUCAUCAACAUCAGUGUGGUGGGACCAGCUCUCACCUUCCGCAUCCGGCACAAUGAACAGAACCUGUCCUUGGCUGAUGUGACCCAGCAAGCUGGGCUGGUGAAGUCUGAACUGGAGGCACAGACGCAGCUCCAGAUUUUGCAGACAGGAGUGGGACAGAGAGAGGAGGCAGCUGCUGUGCUUCCCCGACCGGCCCACGGCACCUCUCCCGUGCGUUCAGUGCUGCUUACUCUGGUGGCCCUGGCGGGUGUGGCCGGGCUGCUGGUGGCUCUGGCAGUGGCGUUGUGUGUGCGGCAGCAUGCUCGGAAACGAGACAAGGAGCGCCUGGCAGCCUUGGGACCCGAGGGGGCGCAUGGUGACACUACUUUCGAGUACCAGGAUCUGUGCCGCCAGCACAUGGCCACAAAGUCCCUGUUCAACCGGGCAGAGGGCCCGCCGGAGCCUUCCCGGGUGAGCAGCGUGUCCUCCCAGUUCAGCGAUGCGGCCCAGGCCAGCCCCAGCUCCCACAGCAGCACGCCGUCCUGGUGCGAGGAGCCCGCCCAGGCCAACAUGGACAUCUCCACGGGACACAUGAUUCUGGCGUACAUGGAGGACCACCUGCGGAACCGGGACCGCUUGGCCAAGGAGUGGCAGGCCCUGUGUGCCUACCAGGCAGAGCCCAACACCUGUGCCACUGCCCAGGGGGAGGGCAACAUCAAAAAGAAUCGCCACCCGGACUUCCUGCCAUAUGACCACGCCCGCAUCAAGCUGAAGGUGGAGAGCAGCCCUUCCCGGAGUGAUUACAUCAACGCCAGCCCCAUCAUUGAGCACGACCCUCGGAUGCCAGCCUACAUAGCUACACAGGGACCGCUGUCCCAUACCAUCGCAGACUUCUGGCAGAUGGUGUGGGAAAGUGGCUGCACUGUCAUUGUGAUGCUGACCCCCCUGGUGGAGGACGGUGUCAAGCAAUGUGAUCGCUACUGGCCAGAUGAGGGCUCUUCCCUGUACCACAUAUAUGAGGUGAACCUGGUGUCUGAGCACAUCUGGUGCGAGGACUUCUUGGUGCGGAGCUUCUACCUGAAGAACGUGCAGACCCAAGAGACGCGCACGCUCACGCAGUUCCACUUCCUCAGCUGGCCGGCAGAGGGCACUCCGGCCUCCACCCGGCCCCUGCUGGACUUCCGCAGGAAGGUGAACAAGUGCUACCGGGGGCGCUCCUGCCCCAUCAUUGUGCACUGCAGUGACGGUGCAGGGCGGACUGGCACCUACAUCCUCAUCGACAUGGUACUGAACCGCAUGGCAAAAGGAGUGAAGGAGAUCGACAUCGCCGCCACGCUGGAGCAUGUCCGAGACCAGCGACCUGGCCUUGUCCGCUCUAAGGACCAGUUUGAAUUCGCCCUGACAGCCGUGGCGGAAGAGGUGAACGCCAUCCUCAAGGCCCUGCCCCAGUGAGCCCCCAGGGGCCCCUCGGUGGGCCGCCAGCUCCGUUCCUUCUUUGCCUGUGUGAGCAUCUGUGUACCCACUCUUCAUUCCGCCACCUGCACCUUGGCCCCUCCUGGGCGCAUCCCUUCAGAGAGGGGUGUGUAAGGAAGGCAGGGGAGGUGGGAAGGGGCAGGCCUGCCCAGCCUCCCACAUGCAGGAGCCCCAGGUGUCCCCUGGGGAGCUGGUGGCCGGCCAGGAGGGGGAAGUCACGGGCAGUCAUCGCACCCAGAGCCUUGUCCUGCCUGAGUUCCCUGGCCCCCAUCACUCGCCGUUCUGGAUGCCCCUAACAUGUUUGUGGGGACGCUCCGCCCCCACCCUCCAGCGUGGGCAGCACAGGGUGGAGGGGCCACCACACCCGGCUCCCCUGCUUCCCCAGCCCCUGCUGCCCGCUGCCCUGGCUCCUUGACGCACACUCUGUCCCCUACCCUUCCGGCCCUCUCCCCCAAAGAUCCUCUCCCCAACCCCCUGCCUGCCCGCCACGCGCCACUCCACUCUCCCUCUGGCACAAGAGAACAUUUCUAGAAAACUCUACUUUUGUAUCAGUGUGAAUAAAGUUAGUGUGUUG